ACUAGUUGUAUCUUUUGUAGUGUUGCUCAUAACUUGUUGACGGACUAUGGACAAUAGCUUAAUUUGUGUGAUUUGUUCAGCUGUUUAAUCUAGCCUACCAGCAUUUAAUGAUACCAUAAUCUUCAAGUUAAGUUAAAGGUAAAAAUAUUUUAAGUUUCUGUAUUUGUAAAAAAUCAUUCAGUUAAAUGGCAACCUUUUCACAAUCCACCAUUGAAAUGGGAUCUGAUAUAGUGCAAUACUUCUUUUGCUCGACCUGCGAAGACAAAAAAUUGGAUAAAACGGCUGAUUUCUACUGUGAAUCUUGUGUGAAGUUUUACUGUGGAGAAUGUGUUAACAUGCACAACAAUUUAUUUACAAAACAUGCCCCCUUUGGAAGGGGAAAUAUGAAGAAAUGGCCAGUGGCCAAGAAGGUUGAAGAAUUUCUUCUGAAAUGUGAUAUUCAUAAAGAAGAAAGCCUGAAAAUGUAUUGUGAUGAUCACAGUGAGCUGUGCUGCACACAUUGUGCAUUCCUUAAACACAGACUCUGCCUACAGGUAACUCUUAUAUCCGACAAAGUAAAAGUUCAGUCCACAGACCUUCAAAAACUGUCCGUUUCUAUCAAAACUAUACUGGAAAAAAUAACAAAACUUCAAGACAACCAAGAGGCUAGCAUUCAAUAUGUUCAAAGUUCAUAUGAUGAGCAGUUAUACACGAUACAGGAAACUCGCCAAAAUAUAAAUUCAGCCUUAGACACAAUUGAACAGAAGACACUGAAGGAAAUGAAAGAUACUCUGACCAAACUACAAGCUUCUUCCAAAAUUGCUGUUGACAAAUGUAGCGGGCUUCGGGAUGAAUUGCAACAACUUCGAGACGCAAUACAGGAUAUAAGUGAUAAAAGCAAACUGGAACUAUCCUUUAUAGCCACCAGGAAAUGCAUGUAUAAAAUACAGCAGUCUGAAACCUUUCUGAAGGAGAAUUCUCUUCAGGCUAAAGUUUCAAUAACAUUUCUGCCUAACCAUGAAAUUGUACAGUACUUGUCUAAACUGUCUGGUUUUGGACAGAUUGAACACAGUACUCAGCCAUUGAUGGGACAAGAGGAUCCAAACAAGGUAAUCACUGUGCAGGGGAAGUUUGAACACAAUGUGAAAAUAUCAAGUGAUAAAGAGGUAUGCUAUAUCUGUGCCAUCUGUGUCCUCCCAGAAGGACAGGUCCUAGUUGUAGACAAUAAUAAUGCAAAUAUCAAGCUUCUUGACCAGCAGUACCAGGUGGUGAGUCACUGGAGUGCUACUGGCAAUCCAGCGGGUAUGUGUGAGAUCACACCCAGUGAGGUGGCUGUGACUCUUAAUGGUCCAGACACAAACAUACAUGAGGUCCAGUUCAUCACAGUAAACAACAGGCAGCUGGUGAUGGGAAAAAAGCUUCCGUUACAACAUGAAUGUAGAAGUAUUGCCUUCCACCAAGGAGACCUGUAUAUUACUUCUAGUAAUGCCCUGUUCAUGUACACACUCAGUGGGAAAUUUGUCAGCAAGAUGUAUGAGGAACCAUCAGGUGAUCUGACAGUAGACAGUUGUGCUGUGAGUCCCACAGGGGACAAGUUGUACAUCACUAACUACAACAAGCACAAGCUUCUUAUCCUGGCCAGGGAUGGGUCAGUCCUGGUCACGUUUACUGACCCAGCACUGGCCUGGCCAACUGGUGUAAACGUGACACCUUCAGGGCAAGUGCUGGUAUGUGGAGGCCGAUACCCCAACUACUAUAUCAUACAGUUGGACAGUGAGGGAAGAAGGGAGCUGGCCACUCUUGCAACGGAGAAGGAUGGAGCUAGUUGCCCAUGGUCAAUCUGCUACAACAGACACACCUCCUGCAUAAUUGUCGGAUUUGCGAACAACAACAGCAUCCAGGUGAUCAAAGCACAAUAGUGUUUUUUAACAAGCAUCUUGUUUUAUUAUUCAGAUUAUUUAAAUUGGCCAUGAGAAUAUGCUGUUAUACAAUUAGAGCAUAUUGAUAUUGUACCAUAACAAUGAUAGUAUUUAUAAAAAGUAUAUGUGAACAUUAUAAGUGCUAUGAAUGUAUUAAGUUGUUAAAUCUAUGAAAAUUCUUUGUGUAUUUCUAUUUCACUUAACACGUUAAAAUGAUUUUAGUUAAAAGAAUAAUUAACCUGACAUCAAAAUCACACUCAAUUUAUGAAUAUUGGCUGUCAUUUCUUUAAACCUGAACAUGGAGUGCUGAAGAUGGCAAAUCUUAAUCAUCUAGUCAAUAUCUAGGCCUAGUUUGAAUCUGGAUCACAUGCAACAAAAAACUCGAUCACUAAGUUAAUUCUUAAAAUAGCCUUGAUACCAGUUUAGAGGCCAAAUUUAUGACUCAUUCAUGAUGCUACCUGAAACUAUUGCCACGUGUACAAUGGUGUUGUUGCAUUUGUAUAUGAGCCUUGAUCUGGGAAAACGGGGCUUAAUGCACCUUGCUCUGGGAAAAUGGGGCUUAAUGCACCUUGCUCUGGGAAAACGGGGCUUAAUGCACAUUGAUCUGGGAAAACGGGGCUUAAUGCACCUUGAUCUGGGAAAACGGGGCUUAAUGCACCUUGAUCUGCGAGAACGGGGCGUAAUGUAGU